AUGGAGGAUAAGUUCUCUGCUUUACAGAACACUAGUACUUGGGAGUUGGUUCCUUUACCUGCUGAUAGGAAUCUGGACUCUGCUUUAUUUCUUCUCCACACCUCUACUGGAUUUGUUGCAUUAUUACUGUAUGUGCAUAAUACGAUUAUCACUGGUUCUGACUCUUCUUCUAUAUCUGAGGUCACGCAGCAUCUUUUCCGUACCUUUGAAAUGAAAGAUCUAGGCCCAUUGCAGUAUUUUCUAAGUAUUGAGGUAGCUUCUUCUCCCAAGGGCUACUUUGUUUCACAUGCCAAGUAUGCCAAUGAGGUUAUUCAUUGUGUCGAUCUUACUGACACUAAGAUUACUACUACCUCCAUUGAGCUUAAUGUAAAGCUCACCAUUACUGAUGCCGUUCUUCUGGAUGAUCUUACUUUAUAUCGAGAGCUCAUGGGUUGCUUAGUCUAUCUGAUGGUUGCUCACCUUGAUCUUGCCUAUGUUGUUCAUGCGGUUAGUCAGUUCGUUUCUGCUCCUCGUUCUAUACAUUGGGCUAUUUUGGUUCGGCUUCUUCGCUAUCUCUGGAGUACUAUAUUUCAAGGUUUGUUGUUGUCUUCUACUUCCUUUUUGGACUUAGUCACUUAUGUUGAUUCUGAUUGGCUGGUGAUGUCAUUGAUUGCAAGUCCACUUCUGGCUUCUGCAUGUUUCUUGUCGAUUCCUUGA